CGCAAGACCAGAGCAUCAUGUUGCAAAGCCUCCAAAUCGUCCCGUACAACCCGAGCCAGCCUGUUCCGGCGCCGGUUGUCCACCAACAGGACCAGCCACGAUACAUCGCGCCCCGGGACCACCAGUGGGACGUGCCCGUGAGGUCACCGAAAACCGGCGAGCCGCUCUACAUAUGAUGUGCAAUCUUGAGGCAGAUUUUGUGUUGCAUGAGCAUCGUGUAUGGACAGUCCGCAAGUCGUCACCAUGAUCUGCAUAUCUUGUCUGUCAUGCCAUUGCAAUGCGUCAUUUGAUACAUUCACUCGAACCGAGCUUGCCUCAAGAUUAACAUCAAUGUAGGUACCUCAGAAGUCUCUGCCCCCCCGACCACGCGAACUACAUCGACUGGCUGCAGCGGAAGGUCGCGCCGUUUGCCCGAUACCAGCUGGGGGUGCCAAGAGGAG